AUGGGAAUAAAUGUCUGUGAUCUGACACUGGACCUAAACACAGUAGACAGACUCCUCUCUCUGUCUGAGGAGAACAGAAAGGUGACAUGUAGGAGAGAGGAGCAGCCGUAUCCUGAUCACCCAGAGAGAUUUGAGGACAGUGGACAGGUGCUGUGUAGAGAGGGUCUGACUGGACGCUGUUACUGGGAGGUACAGUGGAGUGUGAGAAGGGCUGAUAUAGGAGUGACAUAUAAAGGAAUCAGCAGGAGAGGAGAGCUUGAGGACUGUGGUCUUGGAUACAAUGACAAAUCCUGGAGUCUGGACUGCUCUGACUACAGUUACAUUGCCUGUCACAAUAAUAGUUCCACUACCAUAGACUUCCGCCCCUCCAGCUCCCACAGAGUAGGAGUGUAUCUGGACUGGUCUGCCGGCACUCUGUCCUUCUACAGAGUCUCCUCUGACACACUGACCCACCUGUACACAUUCACCUCCACAUUCACUGAGCCCCUCUAUCCAGGGUUUAGGGUUCAUGAUGACUCCUCAGUGUCCCUGUGUCAAACACAACAUGAUGUUUCACUCUAAUCAUGGUGGAGCAACAAUGUAGAAUAUCUCUCUAGUGUGUAAACAUAUGAUUGUAAAUAUUCAUGAAUAAACACCAUUGAAGUUGACAGACAUUGUCAACUAGAGUCAUUCAUUAAUAUAAUGAAUCACCACACUGUGUUGUUAAAACUGCUUUCAUUUACAAAUCAUUGAUCUCGUUGGUUUUUUACCCCUUUUUCUCCACAAUUUCGUGGUAUCCAAUUGGUAAUCGUUACAGUCUUGUCGCUGCACCUCCCGUACGGACUCGGGAGAGGCGAAGGUCGAGAGCCAUGCGUCCUCCGAAACACAACCCAACCGCACUGCCUC